UUAAUUGAUGAGGAAUAAAUUCAUGACACUGCAAGCUGCAAGAAUUAAAGACGAGAAAGACAAUUUCACUUUUCACCUCGAAAAAGGAUUUCAAAUAGUUGGUUUUCAUAAGGCAAACAAGGGGUGUGGUUUAGCACAAACCAGUGGGGGGAGGGUUACUGGAACCUCGCGAGAAGACAGAUGCUGAGGCUGUUAACGUCGAGAACAUCCACAUCCUCACGGACUGGGAUGUGAGAGCCCGAGGAGAUGGAGACCUUCAUCCAUCUUUACCUGAAUCUGCCCGAUCUUGGGAGUACUGCCAAGAUGUGACUGUCACAGUGCGUCAUAGUUUGGAUGUGUCCAGCCUUUACAACACUUGUUUCUAUAGUAACAGAAAUAGCACAUAAUCUUCGUGAGUCCCAUUCCCACAAUGCAGUCCUCCUCUCAGCCUCCAAAGCCGCGGCGCUUCGACGUCAACAGGCGGGCCGGUACCGUGGCGGGACCAAAGCCUCAUGGUGCCGGAGUUCAGAGGGAGGAUAAAAAUAUGAACACGGUCACCUCAUCCUCUCCACGGCGGACUAAAGGCCCGACUGCUGCUUCCAGAAACAGGGUGGGUGUGCAGCCUCGAGCUCCAGUAAUCCAGUCCAGGAUGAGCUCACAAAAACAAGCUCCCCUCAUCUCCAGGUCAGCUAAACCUAAGCCUAAGAUUACUCGUGCGUUGGCGGCAUCCAAGAGUGCCUCCGCUGCCUCUCCCCCUCCUCCGCUCCCCUCUGUUCUCCCCCUUGACCCGAACUGCAACGAGCCGAGCCUCCCGUGUCUGUGCUGCGAUGGACGCUCGCCACAGGACAACAACAGCAUGUUCAACCACAACCACAACAACAACAAUACCAUCUCCAUCAGACAGCAGCUACAGCUACCGCCUCCUCCGGCCCCUCUGCCCCAGAAGCACGAUGGAGCCGGGUCCAAGGAACAGCCUCCGUCGCAAGCUCAGGUCCAGAUGGAGCCCCCUGCUCAUGCUGCUGCCAAUCUGGGAAAAGAAGAGAGGAAUGCAGAUGAACAGGCUGAACUAGACAACAAGAAAAGGAUAGAGGAGGAAGAUGACGAUGAAGAGAGCAGCGGAGAUAUUGAAAUUGACGAUGUGGAGGCCGACAAUGAUGAUGAUGAUGAUGAUGAUGAUACCUUGGUGCCAUCAUGCUGUGAUUGCCCCCCCUCACUCUUGGAGUUCUCGCUCACUUCCUCUACCUCUUCUUCCUCCACUUCAAUCAGCUCCUGCUCUGAUCUGGAGUCUGACUUCGCAGAUCAACCCAUCUCCAUCUGCUCCUCCCACGAACCGGACGAUCUCUCUCCUGCUCUGGCCCCCAAAGACCCUCUUAUGCAAGUCCCCGCACAUUCACCUCCAGCCCUUCCCCUCUGCCGAAAUCCCUUUACCUUAUCGUCCUUUUCCCCAAGUCCUCCUUGCUCCCCAGACGAGGGCUACCCUUCUGCCCUCGACUCUCCUUCUUCUGACUACUUAGGAGUCAAAGAGGACUCAGAGGUCACAAAACUAGGUUUGCUUGACUUUCUCGAGUCGGUAGGAGAGUUUGGGAAAAUGGAACGCUUCAGUCAGGUGAUCCAAGUUGCUCGUUGGGAUCUGGAAGGGGAACAACACUGGGCUGUUCUGCGGGAUCGAAUAGAUCAUCUGGAUCGUUUGGAAAAGGUGAACAGAGAAGUAAAACUGGCCUACAUUGCCAGACUUCACGAGAAAGGAUUUGAUCUGGAAGAUCUGGAAGAGCGGGAUCUCGCAGACGUCAUGGAUGAAAUGGGCAAUAUCGACAUUCCCUGGAAGUUGUAUAAAUCCCAUAGUGGAGAAAUGGGACACUCGCAGGAGUUUUCGGAUGCUGGGGUAGACCUCACAGCUCCAUCAGACUGUGAUGAUCCUCUAGUUCCAGAUUCCUUGACCCCUUCCCCUGUCGAGCCCCCACCGAGACCUCCUAAACCCCCAGCACGCCACGCCAGCGUGAGCUCUGACCUCCACACCUACAUAAACAUCAGCAGAGAGACCACCUCCAUGGCUGUCACCACUUCGCCCACCUUGUCUACUUUCUCUCCUAACUCCUCAUCCCCGACAUUUACCACUUUCAGAUGUGAGAAAGCUCUUCCUCCAUCUCCACCAUCCAUUCCUCCCCUACCUGCCUCCAAGCCUGUUCCUUACCUUACUCUCUAUACCACGCCUUCUCCACCCCCUUCGAUUCCCACCCCAACCCCUCCCAUCCCUCCUCCCAGAAGACGACACCUUGCCAGGAAGGAGGCACAGCGUCUUGCCGCCCUUCAAGCUGAACAGGAGAAGACCCCCCUGUCCCUCCCUCCACCCACCUCACGCCCUCCACCUCUGCCCCCUCCACCUGUUAUCUCUGUUACCUCCUCCUACUCUCCACCCGCCAUUCCACCUCCACCGGCCCUGCCUCCUCCUCCCUCCUUCCAUGCUUUGGAUGUAGAGAUCCGGAAGCUACUUAUGCUCGCUGGAUUGACCCAAGCUGAGCUCCUCAAACUCAGCCCAGAGCUCGGUGUCUGCGUCGGGAGGCUAGAAGAUGAAGAAGAUGGAGAUAAUCACAUCACCUGUAGUUCUAUUGGGUCACAGGAGUUCAGACUCCAAGACAAGGAGGAAGUGAACGAACUGACCACAGACAGAGAUGUAUGGAAGCUGGACCAGGGUCGAAAAGAAGAUAGAGAGGAAGAAGGCCAAAAGAAAGCAGAGAACAAAGACACACAGAGAACCACUUCAUUUACUGAAAUGGCAAGAAGAAGGAAGAGGAACACAGGUUUUACAGCUGAACAAUACUACAGCAGUGAUUUUAGCAAUAGACAAGAAAAUGAUAUGAAAAGCACGAGUGUCGAGACUUUCUGUUAUACCCCUGAGUUGCCAGACACACCACCUCCUCCUCCUCCUCCUCGCCCCUUACCACCAAUCCCCCCUUCUUUGCCACCCCUUAAAGUCAGCACCUUGCCUGCCAACUCCGAGCAACCUGAGCGAUUUGAUUGGCUCAUUGCAUUCACACCUGAAUGUGAAGCCCCACCUCAGCUGCCACCUCUGGAAAACAGAAAAUCUCUCUCAGAGACCCAGAGGAAGCCCAAUUCAUCAGGGUCGACUCCAGGUUCCGCUCCAAAGGUUACAACCUUUAAGGAGCUCCGCUUCCGCAACAAGAGCAGCUCUCCUCUGACAAAAGUCAUCAGUCAACCAGAUCCUGAUCCCACGGUCAUCACACCCGAUCCAGAUAUACUCUACAACUUGAAGUGGAGACGAGAGAAGUUAGGCAGUGAUGGAAACCAGUGGGAGUACACCUCACAGGCUCAGGCCUUUUUCAUGCAGCCGCCUCCAGCCCUCACAUCUAUGGCCGCCCUGAAGGAGAUGCUACAAAGAGCCGACAAGGAGGGUGGCAAACUAGAGCUGUGCCCAUCAGAGAUUGGCUGCUCCAUCAGUGACAGUAGCCUCUUGUCCAUGGGCAGAGAAUGGGAGGGUGCAGAAGUGAAAGUAGAGGAGAGGGAAGAGAAGAAAGAAGAAGAGAAGCAGAAGGUGGAGGUGAGAGGUCAGGCCGAUGGCGGAAGGACUCUGGAAUCAAGAAUAACAGUUUCCUCACCCCCACUCUCCCUUGCCCAGUCCUCCCAGCCCACCCAGCCCUACUUCCUGCACUCUGCCCUCCCUCCCUUUCGCCCAGGCUACUGUAACUCGCAGCCCCUUGCAGCUCGCAGACCUCGCAGCCAUGUAGGACGAGAAUCCACAGCCCCUGCUCCCAGCUCAGCUUGUAUGCACAAAGAUGAGUCUCUGGCUGACUUUGGCGCAGACUCCCUUUGUGACUAUGGAGAUGCGUUUGAGCAGAACGACGGUUCCAAAAUCAACAAGAGGGACUUUUUUGCAUCUGACUCGAUCUGUAAUUCCGACUCCCUUUACAGCAGUGAUUCAGAGAGGCAGACGCGCGCCCACCAUAAGUCUGACGCACCUGCUGCUGGCGCCACAGAGGUGCCAGGCUGCAGCACGCCAUAUAAGAACAUAGAUGUCCUGCUGACCUACUCAGCCAACGUAGAUGCUGCGGAUUCACUGAAUUCCAAGAAGUGCUCGCGUGUAGACGAGAGCAGCACCAAAGCGAGGACAGCCAAAGAGCUGCCCCCCCUGCCCUCCUAUUACCUGUACCACCCUAAGAACUGCCCUCUUCACCGGGGCGCACCUCCUCGCCUCUCACCAAUCGGAGCCCUCUCCCCCCCUCAGCGCUCUGGCGCGCCCCCUCCAGGCACAGCGGGCUCUUGUCUUAGCUCCCCGCUUUUCCCUCGCUCUCACACCCUGCCUGCCCUGGCCGCUCCCCUCUACUAUCCCAACCUCUACCCUCCUAUACCACCCAGAGCUCCCCCCCUACCCCCAAAACUCUACCAGGCUCCUCUGCAGUCACACGUGGCGACUGUCCGCAGCCUCUCAUUCCCUGGAUCUGAGCAGAAGACCGAUUCCCCCUGGAUGGGCGAGGAUGUGAAGUAUCCGACGAGAGGCCUCGGACUGUCCCCGCUGUGCUUGCAGGAAAAGAAAGCUCUGGUCGGUGCGGUCAGCGUGGCAGCGGACGCCAUCUUAGGCCAGUUCAGUUCCUCCCGGACAGUCGUUCAAAAGUCUUUCUCAGUUAACAAGGCCUUAUCAGGAGACAGCACUAUAAAUCCAUCUCUGGGCCGUCUGGUGCUGCAGUGCCUCUGCCCCUCCCUGCACAGCUUGCUGACUGAUGGCUUGAAACCUCACCAGAGCGACCUGAUAGCCGGCAGGAGGCCAAACUCGGCCUGGGGUUUGGUCCAGGCCACAACGAGGCCAGCCCCUAAAACCCAAGCCUUCUACAACCUGCAAGUCCGAGUUAGCGAACUGCCCCAACUUAGACAGAGCAAGCAGAGGUUCAACGCGUUCCUUCUUGGACUGCUGAACACCAAGCUUCUUGAUUCCUGGCUGUCUCACCUUCAGUCCUGCGGUGAUGUGUUGGAGACAUAUUACCACCCCACGUCUUUCAUCCGUCUGUCGCUGACUGCCUGCCAGCCGCUGUUCGAGGAGCUGCUCCUUGUGCUGCAGCCUCUCAGCCUGCUCACCUUUAACCUGGACCUGCUCUUCCAGCACCACCGUCUGGAGCCGGACAGCCCCGCCCCAGAGACCCCCAGUCCCCCCUGUCAGGAGUCUGGGUUCCACCCGACAACUAAAGGCCAAUCCAAAGUCAUAAGUGGCCGAUACAUGGAGAGCCUCUCGGAGGUGGACUUUGGAAGUCCAGAACUUCCAGCAAAUGUAAAGAACCCAGGAUCGGGGGCAUCUACAAACACUGGGGCUGUACCUGUAAAGGCUUCAUUAGCUCUCGAGCAAACAAGUCCUCAGCUUUUGUGGGUGCAGGAAAAGGAUAUUGGCGGUUUGCCGCCUCCAAACGUCGAGGAGGACAGUUUUGCUCAGCAGGCAGGACAGGUGAUCCAGCAGGGGUGGGGGGCUGUGAUGCGGUGGGGAGGCCGGCUAAGCCAGAACCUGGCUGACCUGAGUCUCUCCGCUGUGAAAAAGGAGGAGAUGAAGUCUGAUUUGCCAGAGAUUCUCCAGGCCCACGCAGAAAGCGACUACACUUCAGUCAGUAGUGGCGCUCAGGUUCCCUGGGGUCUGGGCCGACUCUUCGGAGCCUCCAGGAGCCCCACCAGCCCGGUCGGGCACACACAGCCAACCAGGCGUCCCUCUCAGUGGCUGGCUCCUGGGGUCACUGCUCUGACCCGGAUGGUGAGCAGCAACUCUGCUCCAAUGCUGCGAAGGACCCCUGAGCCCCAGGAAGGAAGAGAGCCAGAGCCCCAGCCGCACCCGGACAUGCUGGAGAUCAAAGACAAACCCAGACCACUCAGGUCCGUGCGAACGCUGUGCGACCACGCUGGAACCGGUUCAGAACUCAGCUUCUGCAGAGGGGAGGAACUGGUGGUGCUGGCAGGCGUUGAUCAAGACUGGAUUCGCUGUCGUCAGGGAGAAAAAGAGGGGCUGGUACCUAUUGGCUACACUUCCCUCAUCAUGUGACAUUGGCACUGUAACUGCUGCAUAAAUACAAGAAUAAAUAAAUAAAAAAUCUAUAUUUAUUUUAGGCGUAUUGAGAGGUUACGGUCAGGCUGCACUACUCUGAAAGGGAUAUUUCACACCAGCUUGAUACAGUUUGAGUCAAGUGAAUAACACCAUCUGCUCUGCUUUGCUGUCAUCAAAGAUAGUAUGCAGCCCUCUCCCAUUAAAGAACAUAUGGGAGUUUUUGCCAUCUCAAUCCAUCUAGUUUGGUAGCAUUCAACUAAUGGAUUUCAGCCGCAGGAAUCCAGCAGACGGUUCAAAAUAAUGACUCGACUCAAAUUCAAGCCAUGCCAUGCUAGAAGUCCCUGGAUUAUUGUGUGAAACAUCCCUUUAAAUGUCUUUUCCUCAGUUUCCGCUGUUUCGGUGAGCCUUCUGAUUGGACAUUGUUUACAGGGAAAAAUCUGAGAUGCCGACGUGUGACAGAUUCAAGCUCUUCUGAGAGAGUAAGAUCAUCAACUGCGUGUUUUAGGGAGGAAAAAUUAAAAUCCUGCCCGAAGCCAAACUAUCUACUCUGUCAGUCAGCUCCAGAGUGUGAAGGCUCGUGGAUUACUGGGUGAGGAAGACAUGCCAGAGUACUGUGGCACAGCUGUUGUCGCAUACUGCGUAUUGGUGUAGUGAAUUGUAGCUGUGUAGAUCUGUGUUCUAUUGACCUUUCACCCAUACUGACCUCUCAUUUUCUCGCCUGAUUUGUGUAUGUUUCUGCUAUUACAUUUUACUCUAAGAAUCUAUUUAAAAUAUAUAUGUAUAGGCAAAUAAACUGAGACUGAUAUUAUCUAGAUGGAAAGCAGAUUGAGACAAGAUGGCUAAGGAAUGUGUGGGAGUGAUUGUUUCUAGAUAAACGAUGAACUGACCCAUCUUUAUAUGAGCAGCUUGCCUCAAACAUCAAGUGGUUGAAUUGAAAUGUGUUUAAGUAUGAAAUCCAGUAUCUUCCCUCUUGCGUGCUUUACGUGUUGCCACAGUCUUGAUGUAAUAUUCAGAACUUUUUUUCAUCAUAGCUCAUACUUUUAAACACUGUAUGCUUUUGAAUGUGCCAUGAAAGCGUUGAUUGGAUGCCUAAAGCACAUCUCUGUAUUCCACCUGAUUAUGGAGGAUAACAGCAAUCUGUAGCUAAUCUUGCGUUCGCAGUAACGGCAACACACAACUAUCCUCAGCUCUCGUUGAACACCAUUAGAACUGAAAAUGAUGCAGUGGAAAAAAGAAAUCCCAGUCUUCACAUAAUUCCUCAGCUUUUGUUGUUAUUUGUUUGCCACUUAUAAUCAUUGAUAUUAAUGACAGUGAUUGUGGUCGGAAGUGGUACAUUGGUUCUGAUGCUGUUCAUAUGAUACGUGUGGCUCUCUGUUUUUAAUUUAUUAGUGGAACUAUGCACAUGCUUAAUUUUUCAGCCAUUUUGUUUGUUAUCAGAUUCAGAGUCAGCGGCGCUGAACGACUCCGAUUAAAAAGGUUACAGCAUAAAGACACAUUCAAGGAACGCUGUUUGAUUCAGCAGUACUGCUACAUUGCUAACGAUAAAUCAGGGAAAGCUCAGUUCGUCAACAUUGCCUCAUUUUAUUUGGCCAGUGCCAUGUAGCAUGAGAUUACUGGCACUAAGGGCAACAGUCUUGUAGCAGAAAGUUAAAACAAUGCUCAUGACUUCUAAGUAACGAUCAUGAUAGAAUGCCAUAAGAAGUAAUGUUGAGAUAGAGAUAGAAAAAUAGUAGACACACAGAAAUGUUCCUUUUCAAGAUCUGGUCGAAAUAUGUUAAUUCAUUGGAUGUACUAUUGAAUUCAAGGUGUCUGGGGGGAAAAGCUCUCUAUCUAUCUGGGCUCUUUAGGAGUGUGAGUGUGGACGGCAGUGUGGCAGUGGAAGCAACGCUGAAUUUGAGCACUUCUUUGUGAUGUGUUUGCAAAUCCUGCACUUUCACUGCAUGUGUGUGUGUGUGCGCGUGUGUGUGUGAGAGAGUGUAU